AUGACAAUUUCUGAACUGGCACUUCUAAAACAAACUUCCUCCCUUGAACUAACCAAUGGCAGGGCUGCUGUAGAGGACUUCGAGCGUUUCUUCCAUCAUACUAUGACAUGGCGAGAUUUUGUGAUACAGUUGGCAGAUAACUUGAUUCGGCAGCAGCAACAACAUUCUAGUGGUUUUGAUCAUCCCCGGAACUCGAUGUGGCAUGAUUUGGAUAAAGUGUGCUCAUCUAGUUUCAACAAUAAGUGGGAUCACUCUGUGCAUAUCUGUGAAUGGAAGUUGGGUGGUUCUUUGUUCUUAUUUGAUCGAAAAGCACUUCGAUAUUUUCGCAAAGAUGGCCACCAAUGGAGAAAGAAGAAAGAUGGAAAAACUGUUCGUGAAGCCCAUGAAAAACUGAAGGCUGGCAGUGUAGAUGUUCUUCAUUGCUACUAUGCCCACGGUGAAGACAACGAGAAUUUCCAGAGACGGAGUUAUUGGAUGCUUGAUGGGCAAUUAGAGCACAUUGUUCUUGUACACUACAGAGAGGUGAAAGAGGGGAACAGGUCUGGCAUCCCCCGUUUAUUAAAUGCAGAUUCGGCAGCACAAACUGUUAGUUCUCAAAAUGGUUCAGCACCUUGCUCAGUACAGGCCAAUUCGUCCCCCCUUACGGUUCAGGCAUCUUACACUUCAAGCGCAAGUACAGCUGAUUGGAAUGGACAGACACCGUCAUCUGACGUUGAGGAUGUUGAUUCUGGGGAUGAUCUGGGAACUUCUUCUCUUGCUGAAGCCAUCUCCUGUUCUGGACCUCAGAAUGUUUCUUUGCACACACAUGAUACCCCAGGAUUGACUGAACUACCAAGGAAUUAUCUUAGUGGUUUCUCUGGAGCUCGUUUUGGUCAAGAUGGUGUCUCAUCCGUAUGGACUGGCUUUCAGAGCUCCGGCAGAAAUGCUAGUAGCAUGCAGGAGCAGAGGAUCAACUUUGACCAGCUCAAUGGCACUGCCAUUAUGACUAGAAAACUGACAGAUACAUAUAGCUUGAUCAAAGAUAACGUAGCUGGUGAUGACAGUGCAUUCCCUGAUGGAAAUUUCCCGAUAUUAAACAGGGAAAGUCGGAGAACAGCUCAGGGACACCAGAAAAAUGAGAAUGCUGGGUUUGUUGAUUAUCUUCCAUCUGACAAGGGUGCUCUAACUGAUGCAAAUAUAUUCCAAGUCCCACAUGAGAAGUUCUUAGGAUUUAGGAACAUUGCCCCCCUAGGUGGUUCUUGCAAUGAUGAAUCGGGAGAGUUGAAGAAACUAGACAGUUUUGGGAGAUGGAUGAAUAAAGAAAUUGGUGGGGAUUGUGAUGAUUCUUUGAUGGUGUCAGACUCUGUUAACUAUUGGAAUUCUCUUGAUACUCAGAAUGAUGACAAGGAAGUUUCUAGUCUAUCACUCCACAUGCUGGAUAUUGAUUCACUGGGCCCAUCCCUGUCCCAAGACCAGCUAUUUAGCAUUUGCGAUUUUUCUCCAGAUUGGGCUUAUUCAGGGGUUGAAACAAAGGUUCUGAUCACAGGUAAAUUUCUGGGGGAUGUUAAGCCUCCUGAUAGAACCAAAUGGUGCUGUAUGUUUGGUGAAGUUGAGGUUUCAGCUGAAGUCUUGACAGAUAAUGUUCUUCGAUGUCAAGUUCCUUCACAUGCUCCCGGACGUGUUCCAUUUUAUGUCACCUGCAGUAAUAGGUUGGCCUGCAGUGAGGUACGAGAGUUUGAAUUUCAUGAAAAACCACCUGGAGUCCCAUUCUCUAUAGCUGUUAAAAGUAAACCAGAGGAAGAAAUGCGUUUUCAAAUACGCUUUGCAAAAAUGUUACAUCUGGGAUCACAGAGGAAAUGGUUGGAUUGCUCCCUUGAGAAAUGUGAUAAAUGCAGCCUAAAGAAUUAUAUAUUUUCAAUGAGAACUGAUGAUGAAAAAGAGUGGGGACAGAUUGUAAAGAUUUCCAUGGCCUUUGAAGGAACUCAUGAAAAUCCUCAAGAAGCAUUGAUUCAGAAGCUGCUGAAGGACAGAUUGUAUGAGUGGCUAGCUUGUAAAGUUCAUGAAGGGGGUAAAGGACCAAAUAUAUUUGAUGAUGAUGGACAAGGUGUAAUUCACCUGGCAGCUGCUCUUGGUUAUGAGUGGGCCAUUGGUCCCAUGAUUGCUGCUGGCAUCAAUCCUAAUUUCAGAGAUGCACGUGGAAGGACAGGGCUUCACUGGGCAGCUUAUUGUGGGAGAGAAGAAACAGUUGUUGCACUUGUUAGAUUGGGUGCAGCCCCUGGUGCAGUGGAGGACCCAACACCAAAAUUUCCAGGGGGACGAACAGCUGCUGAUUUGGCAUCAAGUAGAGGACAUAAAGGGAUUGCUGGAUAUCUGGCUGAAGCGGAUUUGACUAGUCACCUCUCUUCAAUGACUAUCAAGGAAAAUGUGAUGGACAGUGUUGCAGCAACUCUUGCAGCAGAUAAGGCCAUUGUGACUGCAGAGGAGCAACAUGUUGUCCCUCCAGAUGGAAGAAUGAAGGAACAGCUUUCGUUGAAAGGGUCUCUGGCUGCUGUCAGGAAAUCAGCUCAAGCAGCUGCUUUGAUUCAAGCUGCCUUUCGUGCUCGUUCAUUCCAGCAGAGACAAACUACGAAUGAUGAAAAUCUUGAAGCUUCAACAAAGUUAGUUGCUCUUGUCUCGUUGAAUAAGGCCCCAAAGAUGAGUCACUUCAGUGAUUAUUUGCAUUCUGCGGCUGUAAAAAUCCAACAAAAGUAUCGUGGCUGGAAGGGAAGAAAAGAAUUUUUGAAGAUACGCAACCGUAUUGUUAAAAUUCAGGCUCAUGUGAGAGGGCAUCAAGUUCGUAAGCAAUAUAAAAAGGUAGUCUGGUCUGUCAGCAUUGUAGAAAAGGCUAUUUUACGUUGGAGGAGAAAGGGAGCUGGAUUACGAGGUUUUCGUGCGGAAAAAGCUAUUGGAAAUGUAGAAACUGAAGUUGGGAAAACGGACGAGUAUGACUAUCUGAGACAAGGUCGAAAACAGAAAGUUGCUGGUGUGGAGAAAGCUUUAGCUAGAGUUCAUUCCAUGGUUCGUUAUCCAGAAGCUCGUGAUCAGUACAUGCGCCUGGUCGCUAAGUUCCAGAAAUUAAAGACGGAAGAUGAAAGUAGCAGCUCGCAGCCACAAGUUCAAAAUUUGGAAAAAGACACCACGGAGGAAGAUCUACUUCCACUCAUGACCAACUAAUUAAUGACUUGUAAAUGCAGGAACCAACAUUUCUGUGCAGUUCAGCCUUCAGAAUUUUCAGUUGUAAGUAUUGUCUGAUAUGUCCUGCUUUUUAUUGGAAAGUUUUUGUUA